AGGCACAGAACCACGAGACUUCGAACUCUUUUGGAAAGCACUGGGCAUCGAUCGACCCCACAACCAAUGGCCGACCCAAAAGACGACGAAGACCUCCACACCAUAGCUACCCAACAACGCCUAGAACUCAUGGCCGCCAAAACCCUAGAGUCCGACCUUGAUUUCGCAUUCAAUCUCCAACUCCAAGAAGCCCUUGACGCCUCACUUUCCAUCCAGCCCUCCUCAACCAAUUCACCACCACAACAAUUGGUUCACACCCCUCCAGAGAGCCCCGACUUUUUGAGUUUUGCCGAUUACCAAUCCGAAGAACUCGAGAAAUUCGAACUAGAAGUGAGUGAUCGGAGGAUCUCCGAAGCGGAAUUCAAGAGACUGAGGGAUGAUCUCCACCGUCGGAUUCACGAUCAAGAAGUGGCCCACGAGAUUCAUCGCAUGUCGGAUGACGAGUGGCUGGAAGUUGGAGACAAUUUCGAGCGUCCGUUCGGUGAGGGUAGUUCUAACAGUGUGAAUUCGGAGAUAUUUAGGAUUUAUUUCAAGGGUUUGGUGAGUGAGGAGAUUGUUAAUACCAGUUCUUGGAAGGCGGUGUUGGCCGGAAUCGGCGUCGCGAUUUGUGAUUCGAGGGAUGAAGUGUUUUUUGAACUGAGGAAGCCGCUGAUUGGGAAUGGGAUAAGCCGGCAAUGCGCCGAGCUGAAGGCUUUGCUUGAAGGGUUGAACGCAGCCAUUGCGCUGGAUUUGAAGAGGGUCGUGUUUUAUUGCGAUUACCAUCCUAUAUAUAUGUUUGUUACUGGUCGAUGGUCAGCAAGGCAACGAAAGGUUGCUACAUUGGCCAACCAAGUCUCCAUCCUUCGUAAUAAAUUUACUUACUGCAACCCGCAUUUUGUGGCUCGAAAUGAUAUAAAGCUUGCAUUCAAACUUGCAAGGGAGGCAAUAGUUUCUCAGAUUAAUGGGCCUGCAGAAUCUAGUCAUCCCAGGAGUGUGUACGAGAAUUGUGUGAUUUGUCUCGAAGAUACAGAUGUUGGCAAGAUGUUUUCGAUUGAUGGUUGCUUGCACCGUUAUUGUUUUUCUUGCAUGAAACAACAUGUAGAAGUGAAAUUGCACCAUGGGAUGGAGCCUAAAUGCCCCCAUGAAGGCUGUACUUCAGAACUGAGUAUUGAUAGCUGUAGGAAAUUCUUGACACCUAAAUUGAUUGAGAUUAUGAUGCAGCAAAUAAAAGAAGCUUCCAUUCCUGUUACUGAGAAAGUCUACUGCCCUUAUCCCAAAUGCUCAGUGUUGAUGUCAAAACAUGAAGUUCUAGAAUAUUCUAAGGGUGUAUUUGUUGCGCCUGAAAGAUCUGGAGCCAGGAAAUGCCUAAAAUGCCAGGGUCACUUCUGCAUCAAUUGCAAGGUUCCUUGGCACAGUAAUAUGACCUGCAAUGACUACAAGUGUAAUAAUCCUAAUCCUCCAGAAGAUGUGAAGUUGAAGACUUUGGCCGCAAAUAAUCUAUGGCGCCAGUGUGUAAAGUGCAACCAUAUGAUUGAGCUUGCUACAGGUUGCUUCCACAUGACUUGCAGAUGUGGAUAUGAGUUCUGCUACACUUGUGGAGAUGAGUGGAAAAAUAAGAAAGCAACGUGUUCCUGCCCACUAUGGCAUGAAAAUAACAUUAUAUUCGAUAGAGAUGAUGAGGAUGAGGAUGAUGAUGACUUCGAUGAGGAGGAUGAGGGUGAGGAGUACCAUGAUUCUGAGGAUGAUUACUAUUAUUGAAAGCACAUCUUGUCCUAAAAUUGGAAUUAUUUUGGAAGUUCUGAACUCGACGAAUGCGCAGCAUGAUCCAACCAUCUGGUCCCGGGGUAAAUUGUCCAAUAGCCAUUCUCCAUGGAAAAACCCAUGGAAAGUGUUUGAUGAUGGAUUUGCCAAGCUCCUACUCUUAUGGAGUUCAUGAAGUGUAAUCCUCCAACUAAUUUGUGGGUUUAGUGGAGGAAAAACAUUAAAUUUUAUACAGUAUGAUUUUAUCUUGUUUGGUUACCAUGGGAAAUAAGGAGGAGAAACACAAAUAUGUGGGUGAGUAAGAAUUUCCAGUUCAAGAAAAAAAAAAGGUUGUGCAAGAAUUCAUCUCCAGUCAUCCCACCUUAGAAAAUUCAGUAACCUAUUAUUUUUGGACUUUUCAAAAGAAUAUUAAUUCUCCGUGAAACAUUAUUACUUAAUUUUUUUAUGUAAAGACCAUGAAUUUUAAGAUUGUUGGUUAAAUAUUUUAUCAAUUAUUGAUGUAAUUUUUGAGG